AUGCCUGAGCAAUUCCUCACUCCAUUCGUCACUCCAGACCAGAAGAGGAGCUUCCCAAAAGCCGUGACUGAGGCCAUUUUUCAGAGCUCAAAACUCAGAGCUAAAGUCAAGCAACUAAGACGGGCUUUGUCUGUCAAAAAGAAAUCAGUUGACCUUUGCUGUCAUUCACCUAUUAUUUCUAAGAGCGGAGAUUGCCAUGGUAGUUAUGAUCUGCAAGCAUCCCCACUUGCCUUAACACAAUCAACUUCCGGUCAGAGAGAGUCACCAGCGGAAACUGUAAACCGUCUUGAAAGUGCGAUGAAAUCGCUGUCAACCACUGAUCUGACUGAAACCUUUGACAAAGUGGCAGUCGACGCGGACAUUUACACGCAGAAAGUUCUCUUCCGAUGGAUGAUUGCCAUGGAGCAGAAAAAUGCAAGUAAAAAACCACAGGGUGGUCCAAACGUCAUCGGACAUGGAGGGGUUCAAUGUCAGAAGCUUUUCAAGAAUCUCUGCAGACAAGCAGGAAUGCAUUCAGAAAUCAUCGUGGGAUACUCAAAAGGGGCCGGUCAUAGACCCGUCAUGCCCCUUGAUCACAAGUCACACAGGAACUCCUGGAACGCUGUUGCUGUUGACGGUACGUGGAGGUUCGUCAAUUGCACGUGGGCCGCUCGUCACAUGACAGGAAGUGAAAAGAGUUCAUCUCGGCUUCUACACAAAUAUGACGAGUUCUGUUUUCUCACUGACCCCGAGAAACACAUUUAUCAGCAUUUUCCUGAUGACCCAAAGUGGCAGCUUCUUGAUAAGACAUGGGGUUUUGAGGAAUUCACCAAUUUGCCGUCUGUAAAGUCACCAUUUUUCAAGCAUGGCCUGCAAUUUUCUUGUGUCACACCCUCCCUACUGAAAACGGAAAAUAAUUUCGUUGAAAUAAAACUAGAUGCAUUAGACCAUUUGAAGGUCGAGUCACGACUGGAAAUGUGCGAGUCACCGCGUGAACAGGUUACAAACCAUGUGCUUCAGCGCCGUGUUGGGAGUCAGAUUAUUUUGACAGUUGUGCCACCACAGCCGGGAUCUUACUACCUGUCCGUGUACGCCGGGGAUAGCUGCACAUCUGAUGUAUUGGAGUGUGUCUUCUGCCUUCGUAUUCUGCACGAUCCAGUUGGUGUGUAUGCGGAGUCACCUAAAUCUACUACUUACCCACCCGUGUGGACACUGGGAUCAACUCCACUGAUGUCCACACUGGGUGUGUCCACAAACUCACACCACGACCCUCUAGUCAACAUGGUUAACAACACCAUUCGAAUUGACUUUAACGUCAGAGACGAUAUAAAGUUCACGCAUACGCUUCAGUACUACGACAGUAAUGGCGACUCCCUCUUGGACAUUGACAGGUACGCCUUUCCUACAAUCAGGACACACUCUAACCUGUCUUACUCCGUGGCUUGUCCCAGAAAAGGCUCUUACAUCUUCAGUCUGUACGGAGCCACCAGAGACUCCAACACGUAUGACUGUCUAUUCCAAUACGUACUCAUGUGCCCUUCUGAUAACCUCAGUUAUUUGAGCUUCCCCAAAUCCUACAAUAGCUGGCGUGACAGCUCAUUGGUAUCCCCUUUGCACGGAGAACUUGUACAGGACACGGAACACACAUUCAGCCUGAGUGUGAAGAAAGCCUUGAAUGUCUUCGUUGUAAUCGGUUUUGGGAAACAUCCAUUACAGAGGGUGGAGGGCAGCGAGUGGAUUGGAAAAGUUUCAACAGGAGAUGCUUCGCCCAUUGCCACUGUCAUAGCCGAAUAUAUGUCUGAGACUGGAAAUCCAUUUUUCGCACGAUUGUUGGAAUAUGACAUCCUCUAA